UGGCGAGACCUCAUUGGUGUAGCAGGUCAGGCCUUGUUCAACUAGUUCUUGGCUCCUCUAGAACCUUCUCGCUAGAAUUCGAAAACAUAGGCUACUACUACAAAUCCUAGUAGUUUCUACCAGUUCCUUCCAUCUUCAAUCUUACAUUUUUGCUGUUCCAGUUUAUCGCCGAAGUUGUUGAAGCACAGAAAUGGCGGAUGAUUAUUCACUUGACUUGGAGGAGCUUCGCCAUCUGCGAACCAUUGCUAAAAGGCCUCGUAUUGUUUCUCUCAUUUCCUCUGAAAUUCACAACUUGGAAAAGUUGGUAAAAGGAAAAGCGCUAGAUACUUCCCAACAUCCUACUCCGAUCCCUAUUGUGACAAAUGUUCCUACUACUCCAGCUUUGGUAUAUUCAACUCUUCCAUCCUUCAGCUGGGAUCAAGACGGUGAUAAAGUGAAGAUAUAUCUGUCUCUAGAAGGAGUGCAAGAAGAAAAUGUGGAGAAAAACAUAAAUUCAAUGUCGAUUGAGCUCAAGUUCCAUAAUGUAAAGGGCAAAAAUUAUAAGUUUGCUAUACCAAAAUUGAACAAAGAGAUUGUGCCAGAGCAAUCCAAAGUUCUAGUCAAGCCUACUAGGGUCGUCAUCACUUUAGUGAAAGCCUCUAAAGGGAAUUGGCUGGAUUUACAUUACAAAGAGGACAAGUUCAAGCCAAAUUUAGACAAGGAAAAGGAUCCUAUGGCUGGUAUUAUGGAUCUUAUGAAGAAUAUGUAUGAGGAAGGAGAUGAAGAUAUGAAGAGAACGAUUGCUAAAGCUUGGUCUGAUGCAAGAUCUGGGAAGACUGCUGAUCCUCUGAAAGACUAUAAGUGAAUGCUCAUGCAUUAGACUGUUAAGUUUGUUUUUGACCGGCGGCAAACAUAAUAUGUCGAUUCUACAUAUUUUUGUAGAGGUCAGUUAGCCUUGUUUUAUAUAGGAUUGGGUUUUGAAAUGGGGCAAAGUGGGGGUGUUUUAUGAUAUUGUAUGCUCUCUGUUAUCAGAUUUCAUAUUGGACUGAUUCAAUAUCUUUGUUAUGGAUUAAAUCAGUAACCUUUAUUCUCUUGUAGAUUCACAUAGUCUUUGAAUACUUGUGUGUUCUUCCAUUUACCAACCUUAUGCUAGACUUGUUCCCUAUUA